AUGAGUCUAGUAGUUAUUGUGCGGAAAAUUCCCGGCGGCGGACCAAAAAUUAAUAUUGAUGAAGGAAUUCAGGAGGCGAUGCUAGGCAGUGAAAGUAAUACCAAAAAAUAUUGUCAAAAAGUAAUCAAUUUUGCUUUAAGUCAAGAAAAUAUUAAUUCGUGCCAGUGCGAAAUAUCUCUGUUAUGCUCGCUGGGAAUAGAAUACUUUGAAAAAGAACAAAAAGUUGCUUACGGGAGAAGUCACGGAAAAUCUUUUGGGAGUGCUAUUUACUUGGCUUUGUUAAGUGCUUACUAUCAAAAACCUAUUUCUAACCGGGUUGCUGCCACGGGCUUUUUGGGAAUGGGCGAGAAAAAAGGAAAAAUUGCUACUUUUGCCGACCGAGAAAAGCAACUCAAAGAAAAAAUCCAAGCUGUCGAACAAGAACUCGCUGGGGUCAAAACUAAUGCGAGUAGUCAGGCCCAAACAAUAAAGCGUUUAGAAAGGGAAAUAAGCCACUUAAAAACCCAUGAAAAAAAAUUACAAGGACAAAGAGAGAACGAACAAAAAUCAAAUUCUUAUCAACUGAUUAAGGGUCAAGAAAUUAACUUAGUCCCCGGAACUAAUUUACCAAUUACCGGCCUCAAAGAGAAAGUUAUGGCUUGUGCUGAAAAAGGUAUUAAUAAGGUAGUGCUUUCCAAAUAUAAUUCUUUCCCCCAUAUUUUAGCCCAAAAACUCAAACAAGACUUUGUCAAAAAAGAGUCUUUAGAGGGAAAGUGA